AGGAGGGGGGGCGGACGGGUGCAGCGCUGCUCGCCACCAACAGGACGAGAUUCAAAAAGAAGAAGAGGAACAGAAGAACACACCGACGGUCGAGCAGCACCACCUGCGAGGGGAAAGAACACCGCUUCCUUACGCAGGACCCCCCCCCUACCCCACUCCAACACAGACACACACCGGGAGCUUUUGGGGGAGAAACAGGGAACCCGGUGUCUCGGUGCUUUGUCACCGCGGGAAAAAAAAGAAAGAAGGGGGGGGGCUCGAAUCGGUCCCUCGAGGACGGGACCUUUUCUGGAGCUCCGAAGGACAACAAUGGACUCGCAUGGGGAAGGUAGGGUCUCGAACCCGGUCCUCACUACUCUGUUUGUCCGCUAAACACCGUGCCGGAGGAAGGUAGAGGGGAGGAGGGGGGGGGGGGGGUGUAAGGAGAGGUCAGGUGACCAGGCGCGAUGCCCGCGCGGAACAGGUACAACCUGGUGGACGACGUCAAGGACUCGAGGUUGCCGCUGCACAACGACGAGGCGUACCACCAUGGCAUCUCCUUCCAGGCCAAGUACGUGGGGUGCCUCGACGUGCCCAGGCCCAGCAGUCGGAUGGAGAUCGUGGCCGCCAUGAGGAGAAUCCGGUAUGAAUUCAAGGCCAAGAACAUCAAGAAGAAGAAAGUCAGCAUCGUGGUGUCUGUGGACGGAGUGAAGGUGCUGCUGAGGAAGAAGCAGAAGAGGAAAGAGUGGACGUGGGACGAGAGCAAGAUGCUGAUCAUGCAAGAUCCCAUCUACAGGAUCUUCUACGUGUCCCAUGACUCCCAGGACUUGAAGAUCUUCAGCUACAUUGCAAGAGACAGUUCCAAUAAUUCCUUCAGGUGCAACGUGUUCAAGUCAAAGAAGACGUCGCAGGCCAUGCGCAUCGUGCGCACAGUGGGUCAGGCCUUCGACGUGUGCCACAAGCUCAGCCUGCAGCACGCGGAGCAGGACGCGGACGGAGAGAGUGAGCGGUCCACCGAGGAGUCCAGCGGGGACGGUCGUAAGCUGACGGGGGCGGAGCAAGGGGAGGAGGAGGAGGGGGGGUGGGGAGGUGGAGGACAACAGCAAACCGGGAGGAAGACAAGGGGGCGAAGAUCCUUCCGCUGGCACCUCCCUGUGCGAAAGGGCCUGAAAGACUUUGAUCGAAGGCCCCUCUUCACCGUGACAUCCCAGGGCGUCGCUCCCGGCAGCCCCGGCUCCCUCACCCCGCUGGCGUCGCAGCACUACCUGCAGCUCCUGCAGCAGCAGCUGCAGCAGCAGCAGCAGCAGGCGCAGGUGGCCGUCGCCCAGGUGCAGCUGUUGAAGGAUCAGAUGGCGGCCGAGACCGCCGCCCGCCUGGAGGCCCAGGCGCGCGUCCACCAGCUGCUGCUGCAGAACCGGGACCUGCUGCAGCAUCUGGCCCUGCUGGUGCAGCAGCUCAAAGAGCUGGAGGCCCGCUCCCCGAAAACGCAGCCGGGGGGGCAGCCGCAGCGGGAGCCCGGAGGUGGUCAACAGUCCCUGUGCGGCUCCGUGUCCACGGCGGCAAAGGCGCAGUCUCUGAAUCUGAAGAGUCAUCAGGACCAGACCGUGGACCAGCUCAUCACCUCCACGCCUGCAUGGCCGCGCCAGACCUCCUCCGCCCAGGCGGGCUGCGGCGAGUCCUACCUCAACCUGCUCAACCUGGAGAACGGAGCCGCGGUCGGAAGGGAUCUGGAUCCCUUUGUCAGGGCCAAUGGGACGGCGGACACCAAGGGGGGCUCGUGCAAUGAGAUCGUCCCGUUCACGUUGAGGAACUCUGCCAGCAUGGAUGAAAAGUUUACCAUCCCCAAACUCGACCCCCCGCCCUCCGUGAGCCGCAAGCGGGCCAGCAGGGCCCUGUCGCUGUGCUCCGAGGUCGCGGCGGCGCCCAAGCCCGGGGGCGGGGCCUCGUUCCCGGACGUCACCCCGGGCUCGCUGCAGUCCGCCGACUUCCACUCCCUCAGCAACGGGGAGAGCAGCUCCUGCUCGGCCAGCGAGGACUCGGGCGUGCGCUCCGAGACCCGGUCGCUGCUGCUGCUGUCGCCGCCGCCCGGCGAGGACGGCGAGGAGGACGACCCGUUUGGGGACGGCGGGACCUUUUUGACGGCGCCCAGCGGCUGCGGCAGUCCCGCCGCGGAGGAGGAGGAGGGGGGGGACGAGGAAGCCGCUCUGUUCGGCCCGCUGCCGGACGACACCUGCCUGCACAUCAGCUUCUCGGAGGACGAGCUGCUGGAGAGCGGCCAGGAAGACCCCGACGCCCCUCAGCGGAGUUGAGAGGGUCAGCUGACUGCCCCCCCCCUCCCCACGGACACCCGAGACCUUUCACUCUGUCCUCCAAUCUGCUUUAAAUGCAGUACUGU